CCAUCUAAUUGUCUCAAGAACAGAUCAUCCGUCCGAUCCCCAGUUGCUCGACGAGUUCUAUCGAUCUGUCGAUCCUUCCAUCCUCCUUCGAAGGGACGAUUUGUUCUUGUUAAUCCGUUCCCUCGAAAACUUCGACAGUGCUUCAACCAUGAAUCCCUUCGUCAAAACCCUGGCUUUCUUCUUGGCCCUGUUCGUCUUCGUCGCGCAAGUAAACGCAGAAGGUAUCAAACGCAUGGAUUGUGAUGCCUUCUGUAAGAAAACCGGGUUCCGGUUCAACGCAGGAGUUUGCAAAUGCGGCUACAUGCUCUUCGCCAACAAACGAUCUGUUGCCGAUCGAGAUCCACGAGCCGAAGCCGCACCGGACUCACAAGAUGACUACGUACGCGGACUCGGCGAUAUGUCCUGGGCGGCACCCGUCUAUCCAGCGCUGCCGUUCCCGCGGAUGUACGGUUAGAAUCGGAACGGACAGUUGUAACUCCACAUCUACCGUUACUGGGAGCGAAGCGGAAACAGAAGUCGAAGCAGAAAGAAGCGCCGUCGAUGCCAACGCCGCCGUCGCUGCCAGAGCGACCAGUCUUUUGAGUUUGAGCGGGACUGAGUUCGCUUUUUGUUGCCUUGUUGGUUGAUUACCUCUAGAACCUUCGCCCAACUUACCCGAGAGGUAGCCCUCUCGACCAAGAAACCUAGUCUAGGAUCAACGUCGUCCAAGGCGCCCAGGUCAGCAGCACCCCCCUUCAAUACAUCCUGCUACAAUGAAGUACGCAGUCAGUCUGCACAUUGAUGUUCGGGGACUGUCCCGGGCUCUCCGUGCAGUCGUGAUCUCUGCGAUCAGAAAAUCAGCGAAAACUGAACGGAGCCGACAAAGCAGAAGGAGCUGGAAAAGGUAGA